GGCGAUAGUAAGCGCAGGAAACCAACCUUAAAUAUGGUGCAUCGCCUGACCCUUUUGGCACUGGUUGCCCUGAUUGGAAGCUGUAGCGCUGAUGCGGAUAUCAAUGUCUGCUCCAAUGUGGUCAGCAAUCUCUUUGUUCCGCAGGUGGGCAACUGCAGCAAGUACUACCUGUGCAUGAAUGAGGUGGCUGUGCCCCGCGAAUGCCCUGCGGACUACUACUUCGAUGCAAGGGAUCAGGAAUGUGUGCCCCUGAUGGAGGUCACCUGUAUUGGAUCCUGCAAGAACCGUGGCCUGUCAUCUUUCUGCUACGAUCGCACCUGCACCAAGUACGUUCUAUGCUUCGACGGCACUCCGGUGAUCCGCCAGUGCUCCGAUGGACUGCAGUACAAUGCCCUCACCGAUCGCUGUGACUAUCCGCAAUACGUCGACUGCGUGGACAACCUGUGCAGCCGGAAUAAUAAUCCGGAUGACAUCGUUUACAUAGCCAGCAAGGCGCGCUGCGACAAGUACUACAUUUGCAUGGACGGUAUUCCUCAGGCUCAGAACUGCACCAGUGGUCUCCAGUACAAUCCAAGCACCCAGAGCUGCGAUUUCCCCUCGAAAGUCAACUGCACGGUGGAGAACCUGCAGCGGAAUAUCCUGCCCUUCGCCAGAGCUCCUCCACGCAGCGCCGACAUCGAGUGUCCUUUGGAGGGCGCCCACUUUAUUGCCCACCAGAAGCGUCGGGAUGCGUACUACUACUGCCUGAAUGGUCGUGGAGUCGUCUUGGACUGCACACCCGGCCUGGUUUUCGAUGCCAAGCGCGGGGAGUGCCGGGACCCAACCUUCGUGGGCUUCUAGAUACUUGAAAUAAAUAUCCAUUACAGUUUCAA